GAACCCACCUCUGGUAUAUACAUACACAAACAUCAUCUAUGUACACACACACAAUUAUAAUACAGGAGUGUAAUUUGAAGAUGAUUAAGUUAUACAAUGCACCAUAAUAAAAUUAACUGUAAACAUAUUAAUUUUAUUACAUUGGUAUAUCCUGCUUUUAUUGUUACUGCUAUUGUUAAUUGGGACUUUAUCUUGCAAACAGUACAAUGGCCCAUGGGUUUUAAUCUUUAAUUGGCCAGACUAUGUUACCUUGCUUUCUAGCUAAGUUAGAUUGCGUCCUGUAAAUAUUAAAGUUAAAACAUAUACUAAAUAUAUAGUGUUUGAGGACUGUCUUAAUCUAUUAUCAACAUUCAUAAUUACAGUGAACUGGAAGUGAAAGAAGGUUAUUUUAAAAAAAUUCACAAAUUAUGUUGCAAAAAGUUUGGUAAUCUUUUUCUCCUUUUGAAUCUUCUACUUGGAAAAGAUUGAAAUCAAUGCUGAUUCAAAUAUCAGAUCACUGUAGUGGUGAGUGGUAUGUUUAUUUUUGAAUGAAAUUCAUCUUAGUUAAUGUAUUUGAGCAAUCUACUUAACCCCCUCUAGGCUAGCAUAAUAUAGUAAACAUUAAAAAACUCAUAAAAUAAUUAGCUUAUUUAUGCUUUUUAGCAGUAUUGAAUUAUUUCUGCAGCACUGACUGAAUUCUAUUAGUUCUAUUUUCACAAUGAAAUCUGUAGAAGACCAAGUUGUACAAGAAGAACUAGGAUACCAAGAUGAAGAGGAAUCAUUUUUCCAGGACAUUGAUCUGUUACAGAAGCAUGGAAUUAAUGUAGCAGACAUUAAGAAACUGAAAUCAGUAGGAAUUUGCACAAUCAAGGGGAUUCAGAUGACAACUAAGCGGGCAUUAUGUAAUGUGAAGGGACUUUCGGAAGCCAAAGUAGAGAAGAUCAAAGAAGCAGCCAACAAACUUAUAGAACCAGGGUUUCUGACUGCUUUUGAGUAUAGUGAGAAGCGAAAGAUGGUAUUCCAUAUUACCACUGGAAGCCAGGAAUUUGAUAAACUCCUAGGUGGUGGGAUUGAAAGCAUGGCUAUCACAGAAGCCUUUGGAGAAUUCCGAACAGGCAAAACCCAACUUUCGCAUACUCUUUGUGUGACAGCCCAACUUCCAGGAGCAGAUGGAUAUACAGGAGGGAAGAUUAUUUUCAUUGACACAGAAAACACAUUUCGUCCAGACCGCCUCCGUGACAUUGCUGAUCGCUUCAAUGCAGAUCAUGAGGCAGUUCUUGACAACGUCUUGUAUGCACGGGCUUAUACUAGUGAGCAUCAAAUGGAACUACUUGAUUAUGUUGCUGGCAAAUUCCAUGAGGAACCUGGCAUCUUCAAACUACUGAUAAUAGAUUCCAUUAUGGCACUGUUUCGUGUGGAUUUUAGUGGUCGUGGAGAAUUAGCUGAAAGGCAACAGAAACUUGCUCAGAUGCUUUCAAGACUUCAGAAAAUAUCAGAAGAAUAUAAUGUUGCUGUGUUUGUGACUAACCAAAUGACCUCUGAUCCUGGAGCAACUAUGACCUUUCAGGCUGAUCCAAAGAAACCCAUUGGAGGACAUAUCCUUGCUCAUGCUUCUACAACAAGGAUUAGUUUGCGGAAGGGAAGAGGAGAAUUACGUAUUGCCAAGAUAUAUGAUAGUCCUGAAAUGCCUGAAAAUGAAGCCACAUUUGCAAUAACUGCUGGAGGAAUAGGAGAUGCCAAAGAGUAG